AAGAGCUAGAAAGUCCAACCACGGCCACCACUUUAGCGCAUUUGUGGUGCUCUUUCCAGCAUUUUAAAGUAGAGAACUCGAUUAGCAAGACUUGCAAGCGUCAAGUUGAGGUUUUUUUGAACUGCAAUGGCAAGCAGUGGCGUUGUGCGCGAAGCGAAUCCCGUCUCCACCAUGUGCUGGCUGCAGCACAAGAUGGGGGGGAAGCUGCAGCACGCUUGUCAGACUUGCUGGCAUCCGCAAGAGACGGCAGAGCAUGGCACUCUGCAGCUGCUUUGGCCGCUGGUUGCGCAAACAGGCAUCGGCAAGAGCUGGCGCUGCGCGGCAGCUCUUGGAUCUCUCUUCAAAUCAGGGGGAGCGCAUUGGUACCUUCUUGCAUGCAAUUACAGGUUGACCAUGGCACCAUCCGAGCCUUCAAGCCCAGACUACUCUAGCUCGAGAGCACCUAAGGAAGAAGAAGGGUCGACCAAGCGACCGGCAAGCAGGAAGCGUGAGCGUGACAUCACGAAGGAGCUACCGGUCCAAAGCACGGUCUCUAGCAGCAAGCAACGCCUUGAAGGGAUGCAGGCAAGAGACGGCCCCGAGGAUGGACAACACGCCAGCACGGACCAGUCGCAAGGGUCGGCUUUGGCUGUGCAGAUGCCAUCAGAAGAAGGAGGCUCGGGCAGGAAGACUUGGAGGAGACUUGUCAAGCUCUCGGAACUGGCCAGCGGAGACGCACUGGACCCGACUGCAGGCAGCAUGGCUGAAUUGGCUCCCCAUGAUGGCAUAGAGAGGCAGACAAUCUGGAUGACGACCUUGGAGAGUCAUCCGACCGGGCCACGGGCGGCCUGCGAUGGGCCAAGCAGGGCAAGGUGGCGGAAAGAAAUCGUCGACCGGCGCAGAAGAAGAAACGCAAACGGGCAAAAACGAACCCUGUCCCAGCGGACGAGGCUGCUCGGGCGGCUGGUCGAGCGGCUGUUGAAGCUCAUCGCCAAAGUACCUGGAGGGUGCUCUCCAGAGGUGGGGGGCCGCUUGCCUCCUUCGAGCGCGCACACCGCCGAUGAGAAGGACGAGGUGGAGAUAGGCGGAGACGGUGGUGCCCCUUUGUGCGCAGGCCCCAAGAGUGAUGGAGUUGCCGACGCCUCUGGUGGCUCCCCUCGUGCAAGCGCGCACACCGCUGACCCAGUGAACGAGCAUCCCGUCGUCGGCCAUAUUCUCCUGCGUGUCGCCGUUCGUGCUCUGGCAGACAGGACGGACAGCAUGGACACGUGUUUCUCCUAUCAGCCGCCGCUUGUGACCCCGACCCUAUCACGUGCAGCAGAGGGGGGUGGCUCGCCAAGCGCGAAGAUGCGCAGUGAGGAUCGCGCAGACGGGAUGGAGAGUGACGGGGCCGGAGAUGCAGAGUCGAAUGCUGAGACGUCGUGCGACUCGGGGCCCGUGACCAUUGGGGCGGCGGCACACCGGUCCUGCAAGCUGGGGAGCCCCGAGGUGUCCCGUGCUACCAGAGAGCCGGAUCUGGCGAACGUUGAGCUCCAGACCGAGGUGGUGCGCGAGCUCGAGAAGCUGCUCUCGACCUGGGGCGACAGCACCUCGGUCUUCUGCGGCGCCAAGCCGUCCUCGACGGGCAUAGGGGUCAUCUACGAGUUCCGGAACGCGCCUGGCGGGCGCGUGACGUGCCCCUACUUCGCCGCGACGUGCGAGGGCGUGCACGGCAGCGACGCCUUUGGGCUCCUUCGGCAGGGGGUCGAGGUGACGUACGUGUGCUACGCAGAGAGCUGCGAGGCCACCGCGCAGUCAGGCAACAUCAGCCUAGGCGUUCUCCCCCUGCCGAUCGCCGCGGCCUUCGGCGACAGUCAGCCGCUCAACAGCGAGCGGAACCACCUCUACUCCGACCGGCAGCUGCUGCCGCUGCCGUUUCUGCGAGAGAAUCUGAAUAUUAGGAAAGGAGACGUGGGUGGCGCCGUCAUCCUGGAGCGCCUCUACGUCCGGACGGGCCUCAAGUUCGCCUUCACCUCCUCCGGCUCGUACUACUGGACUGGUCGGAGCUGGGCGAAGGACGAGAGCGGCGGCCGCAUCCUGCGAGUGCUCCGCGAGGAGCUCUCCAAGAUCGAGGCCGAGUACAUACGCGAGGCAAAGGAGGGGGGGGGAGGAGGGGUCUCGAUCGCUGUGGCAGACGGAUCGAGAGGGGACGAGGACGGGGGAUGGGGUGCGAUCAAGUCGAAGCCGGCAGGUGGCGGGAAGAAGCGUAAGACGGAGAGGGAGGAGAGGCUGAUCAACGUCAACUUCAACGCGAAGAUGUCCAACAUCAUCGGAACGUGCAAGGACUACUUCUAUCAGCCCGGCUUCCAGUCCCUGUUGGACGUGCAGAAGGACUUCUUGGCCGUGGCGAACGGCGUCAUCGACCUUGCGGACCGGCGAGCUGCUUCCGCAUCACCCUCGGGUGAGGGAUGGAUCUGUGCCCGUGUGCAAAAAAACGCAGAUCAGUUAAGGGACUUCGGCAGAAAGUUUGUGUUUAUGGAGGCAUUGGCCAAGUCCACCGGAGUCAGGUCGAAAACAGUUCGCAGUUCAUGAACACUCGGGUGAUCGACUGGGCGUACCCUCGCGCUGGAUCGUUGGUUCCAAGGAGCGAGAUGGUGCGCUUCUUGGAGGACAUCAUGCACGUUUCCGGAGAGGAUGGGCCGGCCGCUUUGGAGCACCUCCAGGUGCUGCUCGGGUACGGGCUGACCGGUCACACAAGCAAUCAGGUACUGCCGAUCUUUGUUGGCGAGGGCAGCGCGGGCAAGAGCCUGCUUCUCGCGCUGCUGCGCAAGCUCCUCGGCGCCGCCUUCAAGGAUGUUGGCAAGGAGAUUUUGGUGAGCUCAAAAGGGCAGCGAGCCGCCCACAAGGGGGCCGCUUCGCCGCUCGAAGCAGGGCUUGCCGGAGCGCUACUUGCGGCGGUCGAAGAGACCGAGAGGUCGGAUUCGCUGAACGAGGCCGGCA